CCCUCGCAAAUUUAACGAUUCUCCUUUCUCUCGACCCGCCCAAUAUUUUCUCUCCGCAGUCUCUCCCGAUUCUCCGGCGAUGCACCGCUGCCCAAACGACGUCGUAUCGUCGGAAUUUCCUCCGUCUCCGACCUCCUCCUCCUCCCUAUCCAUCGACGUGGAUGAAUCGUCGGAAACUCGGAUCCGGCGGCUGAUUGCAGAGCAUCCGGUGAUCAUAUUCAGCCGCACGUCCUGCAGCAUGUGCCACGUCAUGAAAACUCUCCUCGCCAUCAUCGGCGUCCAUCCCACCGUCAUCGAACUUGACGAUCACGACGAAAUCGCCGCUGUUCCUUCAUCGUCUUUUGUUCGGGACAGUUCAGCGCCGGCGGUUUUCAUCGGCGGCGCUAGCUUCGGCGGCUUGGAAUCUCUUGUUGCUCUCCAUCUUAGUGGCCAUCUCAUCCCUAAACUUAUCGAAGUUGGAGCUCUCCCGGUGGGACACGUGCAGUGUUGAAGGUGGGAAAUGAGGAUUAGUUUCAAUGCAGAUGCAAUGCAGAGGAUUGCUGCCUUUGUCCGACUUUCGUGGGGUACUUUUGUAAUUAUUGGCAAAGUCUCCCAUCGCCACUAUGAACCUCUGGGCGUUAUCGUAGCCUAAACAUUCUCUCAUUGCCCAACAAAAACAAUGGCCUUUUUUCUUUUUCCUUUUCUUUUAUCGUGUAAUAUAUUAAGAAAUAUAUAUAUAUAUAUAUAUGAAUCUGAUUUUGGUUUUGUCGAUU